AGGAGAGGGGGCGGGUCGCCCAAGGAUUGUUAGUCAAGAUGGCGCUGGCAGCUGCUGCGGCGAGGGUUUGGGGGCCAAGUCGAGGCUUGGGCCAGGUCGGCCUCCUGGUCCUGCGGAGGCUUGGGGCUCGGGGGCUUGCUAGAUCUCACCCCCGGAGGCAGCAGCAGCAGCACUUCUCGUCCCUGGAUGACAAGCCCCAGUUCCCAGGGGCCUCAGCGGAGUUUAUAGACAAGCUAGAGUUCAUCCAGCCCAAUGUCAUCUCUGGGAUCCCCAUCUACCGUGUCAUGGACCGGCAGGGCCAGAUCGUCAACCCCAGCGAGGAUCCCCACCUGCCCCAGGAGAAGGUGCUCAAGUUCUACAAGAGCAUGACGCUGCUCAACACCAUGGACCGCAUCCUCUAUGAGUCCCAGAGGCAGGGCCGGAUAUCUUUCUACAUGACCAACUAUGGCGAGGAGGGGACGCACGUGGGGAGUGCAGCCGCCCUGGACAACACGGACCUGGUGUUUGGCCAGUACCGGGAGGCAGGCGUGCUCAUGUACCGGGACUACCCGCUGGAACUGUUUAUGGCCCAGUGCUACGGCAAUGUGAGCGACCUGGGCAAGGGACGCCAGAUGCCCGUCCACUAUGGCUGCCAGGAGCGCCACUUCGUCACCAUCUCCUCUCCGCUGGCCACGCAGAUCCCUCAGGCGGUGGGGGCGGCCUAUGCAGCCAAGCGGGCCAACGCCAACAGGGUUGUCAUCUGUUACUUCGGAGAGGGGGCAGCCAGUGAGGGGGACGCCCACGCUGGCUUCAACUUCGCUGCCACACUCGAGUGCCCCAUCAUCUUCUUCUGCCGGAACAAUGGCUACGCCAUCUCCACGCCCACCUACGAGCAGUACCGUGGGGAUGGCAUCGCGGCUCGAGGCCCUGGAUAUGGCAUCCUGUCCAUCCGCGUGGAUGGCAACGAUGUGUUUGCCGUGUACAAUGCCACAAAGGAGGCCCGGCGGCGGGCCGUGGCAGAGAACCAGCCCUUCCUCAUUGAGGCCAUGACCUACAGUCCACCCCUCUCUCCUGACCUUCAUCCAAGGAGCUGCAGUCUGACCCCUUCCCUCCCCCCCAGGAUCGGGCACCACAGCACCAGCGAUGACAGCUCAGCAUAUCGCUCGGUGGAUGAGGUUAACUACUGGGACAAGCAAGACCACCCCAUCUCCCGGCUGAGGCACUACCUGCAGGGCCGCGGCUGGUGGGAUGAUGAGCAGGAGAAGGCCUGGAGGAAGCAGUCCCGCAGGAAGGUGAUGGAGGCCUUUGAGCAGGCUGAGCGGAAGCUGAAGCCCAACCCCAACCUGCUCUUCUCGGACGUGUAUCAGGAGAUGCCUCCCCAGCUCCGCAAGCAGCAGGAAUCUCUGGCCCGUCACCUCCAGACCUACGGUGAACACUACCCCCUGGACCACUUUGAGAAGUGAGGCCGGUCGCCCCACCCGCCUCAACCACCCCAAGGGGCAGAGGGGACUGGAGGGACGCUACCCCUUCCCCACACAGCCCCCUCAAAAUACUCAGGCCAGGGCAGUACCGGGCGGCUCCUGCUCACCAUCCCCGCGCCUACAGGCUGUUACAUUGGUGGGGCCUCGUCAGCCCCCUCUCCGGCUUUUGUUACAGGGCCUUCUCUCAGGGGCUGGGCCAGGGCCCCUCGAGGACUGGAAGCCCCCUCUGGGCUAGGGGUGGAUGUGGCAGCUCAGCCUGUGGGACUUAGAGUGUGAGGUGGCCAUCAGGGAGUAAAUAAACUGUCUCUCUGCCUUUG